CUGUCACUCCUCCCAGCCCGAGGUCCUCGGUGAGAGACUCCAGCGUGGAUUUUAAUUGCCUCAAUCAGCAGUGUUCCUCCCCAACUGUCAAUCAAAACCUGGACGGCGAGAGCAUCGACCCGGCGCUUGGCCACACGGAAGUCGUGCUUCCUGGGGCCGAGGCGGCCCCAUCGGCUGGCACUGGGUCUCCCGAGGAAGGGUGCCUUUCGCCCGCUGUGCCCUCCCCAAGCCCUUGAACUGUUCCGAUUCACGCCGGACGGCUCGGCUCUUGAGGGCUCCGCGACCUCGGCAUCGGCUCGGACCAAGGCGGUCCGGGAUCCGCACUUCCUUUCCUCAGCCGAAGCCAGACCUCAGACAAUAAGUACGCCCAUCGAAGCUCGCGUGGAAUUCGUCUGUGUCACCCUUCCCACCUCGCCGAGGUCUCCCAGGCCCGCCCCUCGCCGAAGCCAGCCUCCGCCGGCGCGGCAGCACCCUGGACAGCGCCUGGCCGGGGAGCAGCUCUGCACUCGCGGCUCUCGGGGCUCCCGCCUCCGCCCCUCGCUCUGACUCCAUCCCGCUCCCGCCCACAGCCCGCCUGGCACCCUCACGACUCAGCGUCCUCCUCCCUCCUUCCCAUUCCCCUCUGCCGCCCCUCAUCCGUCCCCGCCGGGCUCCUUCUCUUCAAAACUCCAGGGCGCUCUGCGCUUCUCCGUCUCCAGGCUGCGGACCCCUCGGGCUCCGUCCCGGUCUCCUCUCCAGGCUCCCCCAGCGCCGCCACAGCGAGAAGCCCUGACUCCGACACGCGCGCACACGCGGACACGCGCGUCCCCCGCGGGAGCCCGGCCAGUCGCCGCAGCCGCACUCGCGACCCGCUCCAGCCUGCACCGCCCAUGGCCUCUCCGGGCUCCGGCUUCUGGUCCUUCGGGUCCGAGGAUGGCUCUGGGGACCCCGAGAACCCCGGCACAGCGAGAGCCUGGUGCCAGGUGGCCCAGAAGUUCACGGCCGGUGCGCGGUGUCCCCGUCCAGCCCUGCUCUACGGAGACGCGGACAAGCCGGCCGACGGCGGCGACAGCGCUGCCCCGCGGGGCUCGGCCCGGAAGGUCGCCUGCACCUGCGACCAGAAGCCCUGCCGCUGCCGCCAGACGAAGGUCGACUACGCCUUUCUGCACGCAACAGAUCUGCUGCCAGCGUGUGACGGAGAACGGCCCACUUUGGCAUUUUUGCAGGAUGUUAUGGACAUUUUGCUUCAGUAUGUGGUGAAGAGUUUCGAUAGAUCAACCAAAGUCAUUGAUUUUCAUUAUCCUAAUGAGCUUCUUCAAGAGUAUAAUUGGGAACUGGCAGAUCAACCACAAAAUUUGGAGGAAAUUUUGAUGCAUUGCCAAACAACUCUAAAAUAUGCAAUUAAAACAGGGCAUCCUCGGUAUUUCAAUCAACUUUCCACUGGACUGGAUAUGGUUGGAUUGGCCGCAGACUGGCUGACAUCAACAGCAAACACUAACAUGUUCACCUAUGAGAUAGCUCCAGUGUUCGUGCUUUUGGAAUAUGUCACACUGAAGAAAAUGAGAGAAAUCGUUGGCUGGCCUGGAGGCUCUGGUGAUGGGAUAUUUUCUCCUGGUGGCGCCAUAUCCAACAUGUACGCCAUGCUGAUCGCGCGCUACAAGAUGUUCCCAGAGGUCAAGGAGAAAGGCAUGACUGCUGUCCCCAGGCUCAUCGCCUUCACAUCGGAGCACAGUCAUUUUUCUCUCAAAAAGGGAGCUGCCGCCUUGGGGAUUGGAACAGACAGCGUGAUUCUGAUUAAAUGUGAUGAGAGAGGAAAAAUGAUCCCAUCUGAUCUCGAAAGAAGAAUCCUUGAAGUCAAACAGAAAGGGUUUGUUCCUUUCCUUGUGAGUGCCACAGCUGGAACCACUGUGUAUGGAGCAUUUGAUCCUCUGUUAGCUGUGGCUGACAUUUGCAAAAAGUACAAGAUCUGGAUGCACGUGGAUGCAGCUUGGGGUGGGGGAUUACUGAUGUCCCGGAAGCACAAGUGGAAGCUGAGCGGUGUGGAGAGGGCCAACUCUGUGACAUGGAAUCCACACAAGAUGAUGGGUGUCCCCUUGCAGUGCUCAGCUCUUCUGGUUAGAGAAGAGGGACUGAUGCAAAGCUGCAACCAGAUGCAUGCCUCCUACCUUUUCCAGCAAGACAAGCACUAUGACCUGUCCUAUGACACUGGAGACAAAGCCCUGCAGUGUGGACGCCACGUGGAUGUUUUUAAAUUAUGGCUCAUGUGGAGGGCAAAGGGGACUACAGGCUUCGAAGCGCAUAUUGAUAAGUGUCUGGAGCUGGCAGAGUAUUUGUACAAUAUCAUAAAAAAUCGAGAAGGAUACCAAAUGGUGUUUGAUGGGAAGCCUCAGCACACAAAUGUCUGCUUCUGGUACGUGCCUCCCAGUUUGCGUACUCUGGAAGACAACGAGGAGAGAAUGAGUCGCCUCUCAAAGGUCGCUCCAGUGAUUAAAGCCCGAAUGAUGGAGUAUGGGACCACAAUGGUCAGCUACCAACCUUUGGGAGACAAGGUCAAUUUCUUCCGCAUGGUCAUCUCAAACCCCGCAGCAACUCACCAAGACAUUGACUUCCUGAUUGAAGAAAUAGAGCGCCUUGGACAAGAUUUAUAAUAACCUAGCUCACCAGGCUGUUUCAGUUCUCUAGGUAGACAAUUAAGUUGUCACGAACUGUGUAAAUGUAUUUGUAGUUUGUUCCAAAGUAAAUCUAUUUCUACAUUGUGGUGUCAUAGUAGAGUACUGUUUAAAAAUUUAAAGGAAAAACCACCGCUCCUUUAAAAAUCCUUUCUUAAGUUUAGAAUACCUCUGUAUUAAUUAGUGACAACCGGCUGUGUUCUAAUCAAUAAGGAAAAGCUUAAAGUUGUUAUAAAUACUUCCCUUGCUUUUAAUAUAGUGUGCAAAAUCAAACUUUAUUUUCUCUUCAGAGUAGUAAGACUGAAUAGUGCCAAAUUGCCCCUGAAUCGUAAAAGGUUCUUUGGGGUACAGUGAAAAGGAUAAAGUAAAUAUAAAAUGUAUGUUGACAAUAAAACUCUUGCCUUUUUCAUAGUAUUAGAAAAAAUUUCUAAUUUACCUAUAGUAACACUUCAAAUGUAUUUAAAUACAUAUAAUUUUACAAAAGGAAAAAAUAUAUAUAUAUAAAAAAGAAAUCCUAUUUUGUAACAUAUAGAUUUUUAUUUUAUAUGGGUUAUACAAACUGCAGGGGCAGAUAGAAAACCUAAGCCAGACUUUUUUCUCUUUCUUUUAAUGGAGGCACAAUAAAACACUUAGCAAGGUUAUUUUAACACAUAGGCCCACAAAGUUCUUAAAAGGUAUAAUUCCUUCUUUCAAUAUGCAUGAUGGUUUAAUCAUAUCUCGAAAGUUACCGUAUCAAAAUAAACACAAAAUAAUACUGCAGAUUGGUAAAAAAUAAUUGAUCAGAUCAACAAUUAAGAUUCUCUUUCCAUUUAAAAAUUUCCAGCUAGUUUUCCUUAGCAGGCCCACUCUGGGAGCAUGGAAAGCCAGGCUUCACCUUAGAUAAGAUUAGAGAAAGUGCUCUAUUCUGCUAUCCAGUUUGACCUGUUUGGAACACAAGUUGAUGCUGAUUUUUAAAGCAUCUUCCCAAACAGUAUUCUUUUAUUAGGUCAUUUGAAUUAAUUAGAGAAAAUAAAGAUAAAACCUAGUCAGCCUGAACAAAGAAGAAUGAAGCACAUUCCCAGAAUGUGAUGAGCCCAGGAUGUUAAACUCGGCUUUGUGAGAUGAGAUCUCCGCAUGACAACAAUAACAUCACCCUAGGUGCCAUAUUGCUACUGUCCAGAAAGGAGUCAUUUACUUCCUGGAUGAUUGCUUAUCCCCUCUUCCUCCCCAGUUCUUCACGCAGAAGUCUCUCCUGCCAGACUCUCUAUCUGGGAUGCCGAAUAAUUAAUGAAUACACUAGUACUUAGCUUCCUUUCAUGAAGUGAGCUCCUCACUCCAGACUUUUGAGGUAGCCUACGACCUUCUUUAAUCUAUCUCCCACCAAGACUCAAAGCGACCAGAAUAUGCAGCAAAGUUUAGAAUUCAAAAUACUAUUUUAAAAUCAUCUUUCUUUCCCUGCAAACCUGAUGGAGAGGCGGGAACUAAGAGAAGUUAUUGUAGAUUUUUAUGGGGCCACAGACAGUCAGGCUCCAAAUGCGGAUGAGACAGCUGCAGUGUUUUACACGCAGACUGCAGAGGCAUGUCCAGAAACAUUCUACCUUUUUUAUGUGGCUAGCACAGUUCAGUAGUCAGAAAACCUGCAGUACAGAACAAGGAAGUCCUUGUCCUUUAGCAGAUAAAAAUACCCCAUAAUAUAAUCACAGGAUGGAACCGUCUGAAAUCAUGAGUUGACCGCUCCCUUCUUUCUCCCAGGUUAUCUACAAAAACCGCUAAUGAUUGAUAUGAAAAUGGCUUUGGGCUGUCUUUCUCUAGGAAGUAAAUGGGUUCCCUUUGGCAAUUAGAAAAAGAAUGUGUACUGCAGAAUUUCAUGAAGGAACAACCUCCCAUUUUAGGCUUUCCCUAACAGAGAAGUACCCCUUUCCUUCCUAGAGAUGGCUGCGGAAAAUAAAGCACAUACUUGCCCAUCCAUCUCGAGCCUCCGACUCCCAGGUUUCGUUUCAGAGGCAGAGACAUUACUUUACCAAACACACUGUUUCACUUGGAGAAGAUAGGCAGCCGUGCCUUGAUGGACUAGUUCUUUUCUGCUCCAGGCCCUUGAGGAACCAACCUUCUAACAGAAGCCACUUCUUAGCUUGGUGCAAUGACAGAAUUUAAAAGGAGAAGCUGUGCCUGACUUUGAAAGCUAGCAGAGUAAUUUUUACUAUUAGAUUUCCUCUCCUAAUUUCAGCCCCCUCCAGGUUAUUACACAGUUUGCUGAGAACCUAGGAAAAUCCUCACCAACCAUAGCCCUGAAAAAGAGGCAAACAAAAGCCUAGCAGGUCUCAGUAGUUUAAUAAAUACUCUGUGAGGCAGAUCUAUAAUCCACUCCAGAGAGGGAGGGAGGAAGAAAAGAAAAAGGAACCAAAGAAAGAAAGAAGGAAAAGAGAGAGGGAGAUGGUUUUGAACAUUAGCCCAAAUUCCUACUGCCAAAGGUCUUUAUGUGAGACUGUAUUUUACAAAUUUUAGAAAUGUUUGGUUUUAGCUUUAAUCAGAAUUAACAUGGCCAUUUUCAUUUAUAUAGCAAUAUUGUGUUUAUUAUUUAUAAUACUUGAACAAAGUACAAGUAUGUCUUUAUCUGAGAAUUAUAAAGGAUAUAUACUCCAUGUACUGUUAGAGGAUGUGAGGAAAGCUACGGAAACCAAUUAUAUGUGUGACUGUUUUGCCUUUAUUAUAUUGAUAGUACUGUCUUGUCACCUCCAAUUGAGGUUGUGCACUUUAUAUCUGAACUGUACAGUGUUGCAAUAACAUGUGUUGCUGUAACUGCUUAUACAAUAUAGUACUGGUUUGUCUUCUCUGUGGUAGCUGUAUCGAACUUGGAUAUUAUGAGAACUCCAUUUGCACCUCUCUCUCUCUCUCUUUCUCUUCCCUCCAACAUGAUGUGAUGUCCUCCACAUCAGCUCUAAUACAGAACAUGCUCUCAACUAAGCUCCCUCCUGAGCAAUGACCUUUAAGAAUUGUGUGACUUCACAAAAUGCAAGGUGACCACUACUUUGUCUCUAAGAACAGUAGAAACCAGGCAUGGAGUGUCACAAACUGCCAGCAUUGCAGGUGUUGGCUCUGCUGGGCCUUGGAGUAGAUGCCGCUCCUUAGAAUAUGGAAAAAUGAAAGCACAGGUGUAAAUAUAGUAGCAGGACAUGUAUCAAGGAACCUCGAACUGGGUGUCAUCUUGCAUGUGCUCUUCUGUUUUCAAGUGCUAAAUGCAAACACCAUGUAAUUAUUAGUUUUGUGUGCCAAAUACUGUUCCCCACUGGUGUUUCCAAGCAACGUCAACAUUCUCCCAGCAUCACUCCAUCGCUAAAGACAGAAAAUAAAUUAAAGAGAAAAUAUACAACUAUUUGUCAACCUGUUCUUCUUACCAAAUAUAAACUUGUGUAUGAGCAAAGUAUUUUACCUGUGUUGUCUCUCUAAACCCAAAUAAAUGUGUACAUGUGGACAUA